CUGGCUGCGGCCAUGAACCGGCCCCAGGCGGCGUCGGCGGAGGCGGAGGAGGAACUGGAGUGGCAAGUGGCGAGUCGCCGGAGGAAGGCCUGGGCCAAGUGCCGCAGCUCCUGGCAGGCGUCGGAGACGGAGGAUCUGUCCACCGAGGCCACGACGCAGGACGAGGACGACGACGACGACGACCUGCCGGGCACGAAGCUACCGGCGGCUGCGGGGCGAGGAAACGUGCCCAACGAGAAGAUCGCGAUAUGGCUCAAGGACUGCCGGACACCUUUGGGAGCUUCACUGGAUGAGCAGAGCAAGGGGGUUCUUGCAAGAAAUGGAGGAAGUUUUGAAGAUGACUUGUCAUUGGGAGCAGAAGCCAAUCACCUCCAUGAGGGAGAUGCUCGAGUUGAAACCUGCAAUAAUAUCUUGGCCAAAGAGAGAAGACUCCAAUUUCAUCAGAAAGGGAGAAGUAUGAAUUCUACUGGCUCUGGGAAAAGCAGUGGCACAGUCUCAAGUGUUUCAGAGUUGUUGGAGCUUUAUGAGGAAGAUCCUGAAGAAAUUCUUUAUAAUCUUGGAUUUGGGAGAGAUGAACCAGAUAUUGCUUCGAAAAUUCCUUCAAGAUUUUUUAAUUCAUCAUCAUUUGCCAGAGGAAUAGACAUCAAAGUGUUUUUGAGUGCGCAAAUGCAGCGAAUGGAAGUAGAGAACCCAAAUUAUGCUCUAACAAGCCGCUUUCGUCAAAUUGAAGUGCUUACCACUGUGGCCAAUGCAUUUUCUUCGUUAUAUUCCCAAGUCUCCGGGACACCCCUGCAGAGAAUUGGAAGCAUGACUUCAGUGGCUUCUACCAAGGAGGUGGACUCCCCUCCACCUUUAACUCGAAGCAACACUGCUAAUCGUUUAAUGAAAACACUAUCAAAACUAAACUUAUGUGUAGAUAAAACAGAGAAAGGAGAAUGUAGUAGUCUUUCUCCAACAGUUGAAAAAGGAAAGAUUCUAAGUAUUUCAGUGACUGAGGAGAGUGGCAAUAAGAAUGAUCCAAAGCCUCAGAAGGUUGUAAAGAAGAAAGACUCAUCUUCUAUGUUGGCUACAGUUAAAGAAGAAGUGUCACAUGGUUCAGCAGCAGCUAUGGAGAGUAAUACCGAUAGACUUUCUGAUGAAGCAAAUAGUAAUUUUAGCCAAGAAAAGGAAAGUGAACAAAGUACUGAAACUCAAAGUCAUGAGAAUAAACCACUUCAGAAAUCUGUUACAGCAUCUGAUUUAGGGAGUGAUUUCAACAUGUCCAGUCAGAGUGAGCUAGAAAACAGCAGUGAGGUGAAAAAUUCCCUUUUGUCCACAUCUGAAAAAGAGCCUUGUGCACCUCUGACAAUCCCAUCCAUCAGAAAUAUAUUAACACAGCAGAAGGAUUCCUUCGAAAUGGAAGAGGUUCAGAGCACAGAAGGAGAAGUACCUCAUGUGCCAGCCACUUACCAGCUAGGUCUCACCAAGUCCAAAAGAGAUCAUCUGUUACGUACUGCCAGUCAGCAUUCCGAUAGCAGUGGCUUUGCUGAGGAUUCUACAGACUGCCUUCCCCUCAGUCAUCUGCAGGUUCAUGAGUCCCUGCAGGCCAUGGGGAGUAGUGCUGAUAGUUGUGACAGUGAGACAACUGUCACUUCAUUUAGUGAAGACCAUAUGACUCCAACAGCACAAGAGCAGCCUUACUUCAAUGAAUCAGAGGAGGAAUCUCGUGCUCCUCUUCAUAAAGGAAGAACAAAGGCAGCAAGCAUUGGUGACAAAAAAAUGUCAGAUAGUCAAGAUUUCCCUCCAUCUGAGACUGCCAAGAAUGCAGAAGACAGACUGCCUGCCUGGGGUCCUGGUCAUCAUGUUGCUGUCAUUACUGAGACCAAAGGGGAUUUGUCUCCAACAUGCACUGUAGAGCUUCUGAGGGAGGCAAGUGGGGAAAGUGAUAUGGAUAAAAGCAGCGAGUGUGAAUUUGCCCAGUACACCACACACCACAUUCUGAAAUCUCUGGCUUCUAUUGAAGCUCAGUGUAGAGACUUGAGCUCUGAAGAGACAACUGGGCCUCCCUCCUCUGUAGACCUAGUUAAUACUGCUUUGCAAAGAGCUCAAAUGAAGGUUUGCUGCCGGUCUGGACAAAGAGUAGGGCGUAGCCUCAUAAAAUCAAAAGAUUUGUUAAAACAAAGGUACUUACUUGCAAAAGCUGGCUAUCCUCUAAGAAGGUCUCAGUCCUUACCAACCACCUUACUGAGUCCGGUCAGGGUUGUGUCUUCAGUCAAUGUGCGCCUGUCUCCAGGGAAAGAGACCAGAUGCAGCCCGCCUUCCUUCACCUACAAGUACACACCCGAAGAGGAGCAAGAAUUGGAAAAGUCGGUGACUGAGCAGGAUAGUCAUCCUUUAGUUAAAUCCACCAUUUUCAUCUCUCCACCCUCUGUGAAGAAAGAAGAACCCCAGAGUGAGGUGACCCCAUCAGAGGAAUGCCACCAUGGAAGGAUUCCCACCUGUCCACCAUUUGCUCCACUGUAUCAGUCCACCUGCUCGCUUCACUCUCUCCACUCCGAGUGGCAGGAGAGGCCCCUGUGUGAGCACAUGAGAACUCUGAGCACUCACAGUGUCCCCAGCAUAUCAGGUGCUGCCUGUGGUGCCUUUGCUUCCCCUCUCGGGUGUCCUUACUCACAUAGACCUGCUGCUGCCUACCCUUACCGAGCAUACUCCGCGAAUCCUCCUUCUGCCAUAGAAAUGCAGUUGCGCAGAGUGUUGCACGACAUUAGAAACUCACUGCAGAAUCUUUCACAGUACCCUGUGAUGAGAGGACCUGAUCUUGCUGCUGUUCCACGUAGUGCUCAGAAAUCAUCUGUUCUACCUCUUUAUGAAAAUACUUUCCAGGAGCUUCAAGUAAUGAGGCGGAGCCUGAAUUUAUUCCGAACACAAAUGAUGGAUCUGGAGCUGGCAAUGCUGCGCCAGCAAACCAUGGUGUACCAUCACAUGACGGAAGAGGAAAGGUGUGAAGUUGAUCAGCUGCAGAGUUUGAGGAAUUCUGUCCGCAUGGAGCUGCAGGAGCUGGAGCUGCAGCUGGAGGAGCGCCUGCUGGGGCUGGAUGAGCAGCUGCGCUCCCGGGCGCCUUCGCCUUUCCGCUCCUCUGCGCUUUUGGGGAUGUGUGGCAGCAGAAGUGCUGAUAACUUGUCAUGUUCUUCUCCAUUGAAUGUGAUGGAACCAGUUACUGAAUUGAUGCGGGAACAGUCCUACCUGAAGUCUGAACUGGGCCUGGGACUUGGAGAAAUGGGAUUUGAAAUUCCUCCAGGAGAAAGCUCGGAGUCUGUUUUCUCUCCAGCUACAUCUGAGUCAUCUUCUGUCUGCUCCAGUCCCUCUCGUGCCCACAGGAGAACCGGAGUGCCUUCUGGCGACUCGGGGGCCAAACCCAGAGCCCACUUAGUGGCAAGAAAGAAAAUAUUCCGAGCAUCAGUGGCCCUGACACCAACUGCUCCCUCUAGAACAGGCUCUGUGCAGACACCUCCAGAUCUGGAAAGUUCUGAGGAAGCUGGAAUGGCUGAAGAAGCCUCACGGGUUAUAGAACCUAAAUCUGAGGUGGAAGAAGGGCAAGAUCUUCCUAUGAUGCCAGUUGCUGAGGAAGUGCAUAGAAAUGUGGAACAAGAUGAGCUGCAGCAAGUCAUUCGGGAGAUUAAAGAGUCUAUUGUUGGUGAAAUUAGACGGGAAAUUGUAAGUGGACUUCUAGCAGCGGUAUCUUCAAGUAAAGCAUCUAAUUCUAAGCCAGACAAUCAUUAAAUUGAAUUUAUAGGAUUGGUGUGGAUCCCAUUAGCUGUAUAAUGUUGGAGUAGUCAGUGAUGUGCACUGGUGGAGGUGGUAUCUCUACUUUAGAAGAUGCUUUCUGCUGAGUGGGGCUACUUUAUUCAGUGUACAGUCAGCAUUCCUUCUAUUCUUAUAUCUUUUAAAAAUACAUAGGAACUUAGGCACUUUGCUGGUUCUUUUAAACUAUCACCCUAACAGUUUGAGAAGCCUAAUAUUUAUUUGUUUGCCAAUAUUGUUCCAGUUGAUACCCUGUGUAGAAUUAAUUAUAAAACUUGAAUACUUCUAGACAUAACCACCUUAUAAAUAACAUAUUCCUUCAGACUAGCUUCUUUAAACACUGACCUCUAUGAGGUAUUUACUGUGCAAUAACUGAUUUCAUUUCUUGAGAGCUUGAAGCAACCAAUGGUUUCCCCUGCACUGCUGUUAAUUAGUGUCACUUCCAAGAAGACAAAAUGUUUGUUGUAAAAAAUUGCUCUUUAAUUCUUGAGAAGGCUACUAAGAAGCAGUAGGGUAGAUAAAAUGAGGUCACCAACAACUACUUCAUGUUCUUACACUGUAAGCCUUGUUGCUUUGCCCCAAACAAAUGUCAUUUUACUUUAGCUUAUAUGGUAUUUUUCUUUUGGAAAUGUGUCUAUGGUAAACACUAUGGAUUUUCUGCAUUGUGCAGAUGUCUUCUUAUGAGAUGUUUCUUCUGUCUUUUAGAAUAAAUAGUAGAGUAUUGUCAAAAUAAUGGGGCCUGUGACUUGAAUGGCUAGAAAUGAAUAAACUGGUUUUUGUGUUUUCAAAAUGGAAAUAAUUGAGAUCUGUUCUUAUAUAUGAAUGAUUUGAAUUCAGUUUUAACCAGUGAAAAUUCUGUUUUUAAUGAAAGCAAAAGGAAAAUAGCUUCCUAUUUGGUUGUAUAUGUGUCAAUUAAGUGUAUAAAGUAACAAGCAGAUGUUACUAGAAUUAUUCUUUAGCAUUUAUAAUUUCAACUUGUAUAUGUUUCUUUGUGUGUGAACUUUUAGUCAAAAGCAGUGAAAUGUUAACAUUGUUUCCUGAAAGAAUAUCUAAAAGGGUUAUAAAUGUUUGGAAUCCCACACAAAGGUUGAGUUCUAAAAAAAUAAAAAUAAAAA